UGAACAUCAAGAAUCACGCGAGCGAUGAUCUUUGAUCAUGAAGUGUCUUUUCUGAUAUGGUAAAAGCAUGCCGCAAGGAAGAGGCUGAUCAUCUUUCCACCCAAUCAAACCCUUCAUAGGAAAAGUAGGACCGAGAGACGAGUAGACUUAUCGAGUCCUACUACGAGAAACUUAUAUACACAAGCUAACUAAUCGCAUCAGUAACUUCUUGAAGUGUGCUGCUCAUAGCAUUCUGACUACGUAUUAUUUCUUGAUCAACGCGUGUUCUUUUGAUUGUUCUUAUUUUGUUCUUUCGCGACCACUUGUUUUUAGAAUUAUGUCGACUCAAUAUCGUCUAGUACUUGUAGUUCGUAUUCUGUUCUUGAUGGCUUAGGUGCUGCUCUCCAAUAGUGUUUUAUCUGUUUAUCUAUCAUAGUCACAACAUAAUUAAAAUUCAACUUCCUGCAGCGCUCUACUUAUUAAAUACAUCUGGCAACUUGUUCUGCAAGAAAAAUAUCACAGGCAGGCAUCUCAUUGUCUCAAAGUCCCUCAAUAGAAUCACCAUUGCAGGAGUACUACGACAAGCAACAGCAAGAUGCCUCCCAAAAACGUCAAGCCGCUCCUCGAGCUGAGUCAGGAGAAAGCGAGACUCAUCCUCGUGUUAUGGUGCUUACUUUUAAAAUUUUCAAGGUGAACGAUGAGAGCCUCGUCGUGCUCAGCCGCUAGUGUUGUACAUCAGUGUGUGGAUGAAGUAGUAGCCAAACUUUUACUCAGAAGUAUCCCCAUUCUAAUAUAUGAAUGCUGCGGUCUCGAGGACUACAGGGAUUCGGAUCAUGCCUUGGUGCAGCAAAUCUUGUCCGAAAACGUAUUCGACCUUUCCAAUAAACUUUUGUUUUCUAGUGCUUCGCGACGCCUCAUGAUGAUUUUAAGUUUAUUUUUGAUCAUGAUGCCAUGGGGAAGUAAGUGAUCAUAUUAAAGGAGAGUAUUACGCUUGUUAUAGAGGGAAUCCAUUUCGCAUCAUCUUGGUUCAGCGUAUCGAUUUAAGAUACUAGUAACCAAAGUUAUCCAAGGACAAAAGCAAAGACCAUGACGAAGAUAUUCUUUACCUAGCGAUUGCCGACGAUUUUUCGGCUUCUUAUCCCAAUCCGCCUCCUACAUCAGAAUGGUCGCCAUUUUGACACUUGUGUUGUUAUGGCCCUGAUGAGAUGCCCGCUGUAUCACCUCUCCGCAUAUGUAUGUCUGUGAAGUUCGUUGUCACGCAGGUUCUUACUUGGAGUAGCUUGUUUGAUUUCGUAGUAAGCCUCUGAAUCGUAUUCGGAGAAAGCAUGCUGGUGAAAGUCAGAUACAUAGUCACACUUUCGUGCAUCAUCUAACUUAGCAUGCAUUUUCGGCGCGGGUCAAGUUGCGGCACAUUUCCGGUCACGACUCAAGAACAGCAACUGUAUUUUAUUCGGGGACUACUAUCGUCUCUUCAGCUACGUAGUAUUUUCGCAUCUGGGAGGCCUCGGCCUUUACCUCGUAGUGACUUAAUCGGGAUACUCGCGCCGUAUCUCUUACUUUGGCUACAAACAUAACUAGUACUACAAGAUCAUCAUCUUUGUGCUGUUUCCAGUUAUCUUCUUCACUUUCUCCUCCUCAAUCUACUUUCCAGUGACCCUGGCAUUCUUCAGAAUGAUGCUCCCCUGCGAUGAUUUUUAUAAACGGCUUGCAGAGAAAAAGCGACCAGUGGUGGGAAAGCCAAAAACUUUCGAGAAAAUUGACAUCACGCAGGAUGAAUGCCGCGACUUGUGGGUACUACGCGACUCGUAGAAGUUCCUCGCAAUGAAUGAAAAACAAAACAAGUCUUAAACUUUGUGGUACUGAGUAGCAAUUGUUUUAAGUGCUGUAUGAAGGAAAUCAAGGUUAGUAGUGCAGCAUGGCUUUAAUAGCUGCGCGAGGUCAUUGACUAAAUUUUCUACAUUCUUACAACAUCAGCCCAACGCAGAGAGUCGGCUGCAAAAAGUUUCGACGAUGAGCACGGUCAAUGCGAUCAUCGGGGCACUGAUGUUACGGCGAUCGCACUAACAUCUUCUGAGUCAUCCCUCACGCAUGCACUUUCAUAGCACUGAACAUAAUGCGAAUUAUGAUAAACCCGAACCCAAACCCACCUACAUUGCUCUAAUCAUGCGGAUGGUCAGUGAUAACAGAGGAUGCGGAGAAGGAUGGUUCCAAGCUUUUCUUUUAUGGUUGUUUUUCGGCGAGUUUUCUCCUAUCCAUUCGGAACUAAGCUUCUUGCUGAUCGGUAAACUAGAGGCGACAUUGUCGUACUUUGAGUUCUUCUGUUCUAGUGUCCCUCAUUAUCUUAUUCCCUUUGCUUAUCUAACGUGUGGCCGAAGCGCAGUAACGGUUUUGGGCAUUGAACUGAGUCUGAAUACUUGCAUCUCCGCGCACAAAGAUAACCCGCUCGCAGAGGAGCCAUGGCGAAUCAUGAAGCGAGUAUUUACUUUUAGUUUUCUACAUCGUUUUCAAUUUUGAAUUUUACACAUGGCAUGAUGUUUACUACGGGCGCAGGAGUUUAGCUUCGUCUGGGUAAAAUUUUUUUUAUAUCAGGAAGCACCCUUAUUCCCUAUGCGACUUGUUAUUCUAAGAAGUUGCUACAACUUGUUUUUCUCCCCCUUUUUUUUCACAGAUCAUCAUGACACGCGCGCGCGACAUUUUGCAACUGUCUCCAGCACUAAAAAAGAUUGGAUCCUGGAUGCGUUGCGUUCAACAACGAAGGGAUCUCGCGUUGUUGUGGACUGAACUUAGUGGAGAGAAGAUGUUGUGUGUGUUGCCAUCCGAUCAGCUGCGCGUCCAGCAAUUCCGGCUAACGCCACACUUAAGGCACACGCAUGUAACUCAUUUAUUAUAAAGAUUGUCGUCUUUUGUAUUGAGGCAGCUUUUAUUUUCAAGAAUUGAAGUAUAACUUCUUUGAAGAAGACCUGUUCUAAGACAUGCAGAAACAGCAGAAAACGAGCGACUUGCUGCAUUGAAGGAAGUUUAUGAAUAUGGUCGUCCUCCUUUUUUUGUUGUUGUCUUUGCCCUUUGUAUUGAUUCUGUCACCCUCCACGUGCUCCUUGAAUGAGAACACACCGAGGAGACACACACCAUAAGAAACAUUUAACAAUAACAACAAAAACUGCGUGCAAGUUUCUUCUAACAUGUAAAAGAAGGUCGACUAGACGAAAUUCCGAAUGAUGACGAGGAGCCCAUUGAUGACGUUGAGGCUCGCCUGGCAGUAGCCGGACAAGCAGAGAUCGACAAGGUGGAGGAGAUGGGAGGUGAUGAAGAAAUGAAUGACCGUGGCUCCACUCGGCUUACUACAACUACUGUUGAAGAGUUUCUACAUCAUGGGCAGCAGGGAUCGGAGGUCAAGCAAACAACUACUUCUGUCGAUGGUAAGCAUGUGGUGGAAGAAAACAAGACUCACAUCAAGGUUGAGCAGGUUUCUGAGCCUGCCACGAAUAAAAGGCCGCGCUCGGUGCAACCGUCACCAGCUGCAAAAAUGUACUUACUCCAUUGUUUGUUAAAUUUAAGCGACGUUACUAUCUCACAACUUCACUGAUGAGAGUGUGGCUAAUGUUCUAGACUUCGUUCUAUCGUGUGAUCCUGGUAUGUUCCGUUGUGCUACUAAUUUUUAUGUUCGCUGGCAUUAGAUUUAGGAUUCACUGACGUGCUAAACACUGCUUAUUUUUAUGGAGACAAAGCAUCUUGUUCGUCGAGACUUUAAAAGUUUUCUUUAUGAUCAUAGACACCAGCUACUUUCUUCUACUUAUGUAACCAUGCUCGUACGUUGAUGAUGUUUACUAUCGGCGCACCUGUAACAUUACUCCACUUUUUAUCUUACUGAUGAUCAGCCAAGACGCGCGUAGUUCGCCAGCUCCAGAUGAUAGCAGUAUGAUUUUGAGAAACGCAGUGCCACGGGAUCACUAUUUACCCUCCGAGAACGAAUCAUCUGCUUUCCUCCAAAGCGGCCCCGACUCUCAGUGGAACACAACAGAGUGGAUUACGGCCAAGCUCCUGUCUCAUGCAACUAGUUUAGUUUUCUUCAUGUGAAUCACGUUCGCCAUACUUUCGUCUGUCUUUUGCGACUCCACCGAUGAGAUGCUACAUCGUGCAAUCUUUCUCCUAGGUUCACAUCACCUUGCUACUUCUAAGAAAUCUGGCAUUUCCGGACCUGAUGGAGCACGAUCGAUCAACUCAUCUUCUGUAGCUGAGAAUCUUGGCAAUGCGUCGUGUUUGAAGCCUGUACUGCUGGACAUGGACUUUGAAGCUGGUCCUCAGAACGCCUUCAACUCCAUGAACUUCGGGCAACACAUCAACAACUACAACUACGAUUAUAGCGCUGCCAUGUACUGGAAAGGUAAGCAAGGCGACAAGAGCGGCCAAGGCCAUGCGCCUCUUUUCCAAGGGUUCGCCGAAGGAAAGAACGCGAUGGCAAAUCAACUCUGGAGUAACGACCAAAACAACUACAACAUGGACUACAUGAGCCAAAGCUACUACAACAGCAACAGCUUCCCGACUUCCUGGAUGAAAGGUAAACAAGAGAAUGCCUUUCGUGAGCACUUCGCUACUUCUAAAGGAAAAGGUGGCAUGAUCAUGGGAGGCCAGCAGCUACCUAAAGGAGAGAUGUUGUCCAAGAAUAGCGCAGGCCUAGGUGAUGAUCAAAGCAGCGGGCAAUGGGCUUUGAAAGGAAAAAAGGCGUACUAUCUUGCUAUGGCGAAAUCGAACGCUAGUACGCCUGGUGGUCCGGUCUCUGAAUCUGCGGCGAUGCUGGCCACACCUGCCGCCCCGCAACAUAACGAGUCGAGCAUACCUGGUCUUAUCGCAGAGGCUGCGGCUGCAUCGAAAACGCCUGCUGUCGCGCAAUCUGUCGCGUCGAGCGCACCUGCUUCUGCGCAGGUUGUGGCGCAAACACCUGCUGCAAAUCAAUCACAAUACACGUCAGACUCAUGCGUCUCGUCUUGUCUGACUUCAUCGUCUUCAUCAUCCUCGUCGAAUGUUGGCAUUAGCGAGAACAAGGCGCCUGUCAUUGCACUCGAAGAACAGGCUCCGACGCCUGGAGCAUACAGAGCGCCGCGUCCUGUUGAAGAACAGGAAAAGGAAAACAAUGAAGAGUAUACUUAAAUUUAGUACUCACCAUGAUGAUAAAUAAAAAUUACAUCCUCACUUUCCGCAUCCGCUUAACAUCGGCUACCGUUCUCACGAGGACCGCGACCACCUCCAUUCUCAUCCAAAACGAUUCCUUCGCACCUUUACCAUCUGAGCAACUUAUAAUUGGUGAUCUUCAUACUACAAACAGGUCCAUCGAGCAGAGCAUGCUGGUUGCUAUGGAGGGAGAUCAUAAGGCCGCUCCUGUGUCUGAUGAAAACGAUAAGGACGAGAAGGAAAUCGAUGAAGAGGAAAAACACACUGGGAUCCUGGAGCGUGCUUGGCGUGAUUCUGUGGGCCGGCCCUUCGAUGAGCCAGUGACGCUGAUUUUUAUGGAAGGAGAUCAUGCGUCUGCUGUGCCUGAAGAUGAAGAGGAAAUCGAGCCUCCUCCCUAUAUGUACCUGAUCGAAGGAGAGCAUUCCGCGGCGUUGGCUCCUGCGGUUCUGGAGUGUGGAUAUCGUUUCGAUAUGAAACCGCAGGAACCGGUCACCAAUAUGACUUGGGUGGCUUUUCAGAAGAUGAAGAAAACGCACUUUGCAAUCUUCCUUGAGUACACGGAUGAGGUACUAUACUAGUCAAGUUUGAUUAUAAUCAACCGCACUAGCGAGCAGUGACUUUCUUUAUUUCUUUUCUGAGGCAUAAUCGUAUUCGUAAUCGCAUGAAGAUCAUGAGGUGAAGAUGUUCCACUCUACAUCAUUUCGAUACCGAUAAACUUAAAAGCAAUUUUGCUGUGCCACCUUCAGUUCACGCACUCUUAUCAUUACAGUACUUCCGUUACACGCACACGUGUGAGAAACGAUUUGACCUGGAAUGUCUUACCGCGAAAACAUCCAACUCCAAUGAGCCGCUACCACUUCACUUGGCGAGUCAGUGCACGGAACUAACCGUCUGCGGCGCAAUUGAGCUUUCCGAUACAGAUUUCGAAGCUCUGUUAUGGAUUGUAUUCGGAUGAAACUUCUAGUGUGUACAAGAUACUAAUGCAAGUAAGUAAACUUCUGUAGUAUCUGUCAAUGUCUGUGGAACUUCUGCUGUUUUAUAAGAAGCCCCGGAGGCUCACUCCCCUCGGACACUCUAAUGAGAAUGAUGGCCCGAGACGAAAAAACCAGGCGAAUCUGUGACAUGCAGGACAGGAACCAAACCUUUCGAGAAUCCGGCGUACACUUAUGAAGAAGCUCGCGCUCCUUCUGCUGCUAGACAUGUAGCAGCGCAGUCUUCUCCGCAACUUAUCAUCUGUCUCUCUUUUCUAAAGUGUAGAUGUGAAAGCUACUAGCAUUGCCCGACAAGUUGCUACUUAUCUACUUGUGUAACCUAUCACAUUUUCCCCGACUGCCGUCGCAUACGCCACACACCGAGAAGCUCGCGCAGGCAGACUCUUGCUCUUUCUAAUGAACGAAUACGAGAAGGAGUUUAAAGAUUAAGAAUUCUUUCAGGAAGAACCACCCCUCACCUACAGGAUCACGAUAUAGUUUUAAAACAAGGACUAAGAAUAUAGUAAUCACGUGAUCACCUGCAGGGUGAGUUCUUGACGCCUGAAACUCUAAAACCAAUUCCGAAAGGACAUUGUCGCGCAACUGUUAUGGCAACGAACCGCCCAUGGUGUGCCCUUAUUCCCAUCGCAUCAGCUUCCCAUCACGCGCCCUCUCAUAACUUGACUAUGCGUAGGGUAUAUCAAGGACAGAUGUUGUAGCAUGCAGUACUAGCUGGGAAGUAUUUGCAUUACUGUCUUCGUGCAUUCGUCAGAUGGGCAUGCAUUUAAUGAAAAAGCUCUAUCUCUAAGGCCUUGCGAGGGGCAACGUUUAAUGAAAUUUUUUGAUGGGUUGGGCCCCAUCCAGUGCAGCGAAAUGAUGACGCAACGAUCUGAGAAGGUCCAACAAGUCGCAGGAAAAGUGACGCAAGUUAAGAAGAUGGCUCCCCCUGUAGACUUAGUUGCACCUGAUACGGUGCCAGUGACUUUAUGUGAUUCUCGUUGGGAGGUAAACUACCCAUCACAAUGACCACCAUAGCAAUUAGUCGCAUCUGCCCCUUGCGAACUUGCUUCUUAUUCUAACAAGCAAAGCGGCAUGACCGGUGGCAUCGGCUUAUACCAUUCGAUCGCGGAGCAUAAAUUCUUCAACUACGGCUUAUCCUUUUCUUAUCACGUUGCAUUAUCCUCAUCGAUUAACAUGAUCAUUGAAAAGUCAGAUCGUUCCUUACGAAGAUCGGGUAGGUUUUCACGAUGCAACUAAAUCAAAUAAAGAACGCAUCCAGAAAGAUUGUGUCGCAUUUCUAUAAGAGGCGUUACUCAUGCCAGUUACUUCGCCUUCUUGUUUACAUCUAAUCUUGGGGCGUACUUCCGAAGGGAGCGAUUGCUACACCGUUGACCGCUUAUGGCUGCGCGCUGCAAUCCUUGGAGAGAUUCGUACUUCUACCCUCUUAAUAUACCACGCAUGCUCUAGCAGCUGAUACCUGUUACUCCACCUGUGUAUGAUUGCCACUGAAGAGUAGAGUAGGGCCACCUACCUUCGUGAAAAAGUCUCGCUGUAAUAUACUACACGAAGAUAGUCACUUCUCUCACAGUCAACAAACAACUACAACCACUGCCACAGAUAAGCAGAAACUUGCUGGACAACACGAACGACGCGAAAAUUUCCUCUUUGGGUGUGGUUGCAUGCAAAACGAUUUACGGAGCUGCGAAUGGAGCAACAUUUAUCUUGGACGCGGAUCAUGUGCCGCGAUUGCUCUGCCAGUGUGCGAAGGCAGCUGCUGGCACUAUAUGUGAUGCACCUCCAGCUUCAUUCUUACCAGAAGGAACUACUUGCUUAUUGCUUAAUGGAGUUACUUUCUUCACCGUAGUAGUUGUUGUUGUUCUACUAGUAAUCAUGAUCCUUUUGCCAUAUACCACCUUGCUGGUUGUAAUUCAUCAAGACCAUGGAUAUCCACACGCCUCAGGUUUUGCUCACUUCACCGAGGCUCUUUUCAAUAUUUAUGGCUUCUUGCACACUUUCAACAAUCUACUUCUAAACUCGUAUUCUAGUAGCAGCAUGGUUUUGAAAUUGUUUUUAGAUACUUCAUGUUUCAAAAAAACCGCUCGCAAUAAAAGCCUAGAUCUAGGCUGAAUAUCAGCAAGUGCCUCAGGUGCUGGACAGAGGCUACCCUUUUUUGUUAGGCCCUACCUGAGAUGAUCCCUCUGAUAGCCCUAAGGAAUGAUAAAAGAAACGCAAGAAGAAACUGAAGAACAACGCGAAGGCAAGUCUUAUGGCGACCGCUUGCGCGCGAAGAUGGUGUACGCUCUCGAUAAAGUAAGCAGUCCUAUUAUUUUGUUAGUAUUUCUUCUUCUACCUGUUAUUCGUGCUGCAGUCUCGUUCUUAAGAAUUAAACUAUAUUUUUCAAGAUAAUUCUCGUUUCUAGAAGGGCAGGCUACAGUGCCACGAGGUCUUUUAUAGUUGAGACUCCUGUUAAUUAUAUUCCGUGCUAGUAGAUGCAAUUGCGUAAACGUGUAUCCUUCACUUUCUCUUUCCAGAUGUCGAAAAAUAAAAUCGUCAAUCCGUAUACUACGGUUUACGAUUUCGUCAACAUGAAUCGCGAAAAGCUUGCGGGAAAGAAGGAGCCGAUGGAGAUCUGGUCGAAACUCCGAAUCAUUGCCAUGAAGUUUUGGACGGAGUUUUUUAUGGCCGGAUACUAUCUUCCUCGUGUAGAGUAGGCGUUAGUGUUCGUUUCCGGUUACUGAGUCGAAGGUUACGAGUUAUUUACACUUAGGAGGGCCUCGGGUUGUUGUUUAUGUUCAUGUCUUGUCUAUCAGGCCAACACGAUGGCACUGAGAUGGGGACGAGACUAUAGGCCUCGUUGGUGUCUUGCAAUAAACUUGAUGUUGAGGUUGCUGGUUAAUCAUCAUGGCCUCCUCUAACUCUUGCGAAGUCCGUCUCAUGGAGGUAUUUGAUGCGGAAGCGUUGGAGGAAUUUGAGUCCGAAUCUGAUGCAAUGGCUGCAUUGUCCGCGAAUCAGCUGGCUCGUUUUUCUGUCUUUAAAGACGGAGCCCUUGUUAUGAAUUACCACAUUGAAGAUAAAAAGUUGCUACACCACCAGAAUACUGCACUACUUACUUUCAUCAAUCAAGUACGAAUGGUCUUAGUGAGGAUGUUUCUCAUGCCUCGUAGGACCCUGAGGGCCUAGUCUGAACUACCAUCGGCACCAACGUCAGGCAAUCAUCUUUCAAUCUUCUCAGCUAUGUUUGCUCUAACCAUGACAACCUGAAAACGAAGAUCAAAAAACACUUCUACAACAAGCGCGCCUGUAACACCGGCAUGCUGGGAAAGUCGGCAGCUGCGCAAGAUAUCCUAUCUGAGGGUGAGCAGGAAGAUGAUUUAUGUCCGAUGAAAAAUAAACUAUCGCUAGUGAUCCAAGAACAGGGCUCAUAAAUAUUAUCGGUAUCUUGAUUACGACCACCGGGGGCCUGGUCCAUCAUGCGCAGUUCUAGACAGAAACCCUUCGAAGUAAAUGAAGUAUCAGCUUUGCAAUAAGUCUUUCUCCUUCAGGAGCAUAAAGCGUCACUUUUCUUCUAACACGAAACGCGGCUGGCGCAAAUGCUGCUGUUUGCGACGACGAAGCGGAGGCCGACUUCUUCGGUAUGGGCAGCUGA